GAAAUAAUAUAAUUGAAAGUGUUGAAGUGUCUACAGUCUACAGUCUACACUCUACAGUUAAAAAGCUUAAAAUAAAGAAGUGAUCAAGUGAAGCGUCCAAGGAUUCAUUGCGCGCCACGUUACGUGCUGUUGGUCAUUCUAAUUUCUAAAGAAGAGGACCAUCUGAUUCUGAAUGAAUGCCCUUAAAAGGCUUAAAUCAAUCAAUUAAUCCCUACAUAUAUGGCCUUGUUGGCCCUAACUGGUUUUAGUCGUUUCACGGGUGGAUGCUCGUCUUUUCUUUAUCUAUCCGGCUUAAGCUUGAACUUUAACCAUCUUCCUAGAUUCAUUGGCACAGUCUCGAUCAAAGGGCCGCUGCAGCAGCAGCAACAGAGCUUGAAUUCGAGGUCGAGGGUGAUGGCGUCAUCAUCAUCAGCUGAAGAGAAGGUUACGGCGCCUUAUGGCUCCUGGAAGUCUCCCCUUACCGCCGACGUCGUCUCCGGGGCCGAGAAGCGGUUGGGUGGCAUUGCGGUCGAUGGUCAAGGUCGCCUUGUCUGGGCUGAGUCUCGUCCUACUGAAUCAGGGCGGGUAGUUCUGGUUAUGGAAGCAGAGAAAUCGGGUGAAGAACCUAUUGAUAUUAUACCUAAAGAGUUUGCAGUGCGGACAGUGGCUCAAGAGUAUGGAGGUGGAGCAUUUGCAGUUUCUGGGGACAUUGUCGUUUUUUCAAAUUACAAGGACCAAAGGCUGUACAGGCAGUUUAUUGGAUCUAAAGAUUCCUUCCCUGUACCACUCACCCCAGAUUAUGGUGGACCUGUGGUUCGUUAUGCAGAUGGAGUGUUUGAUUCACGCUUUAAUCGUUAUGUCACCGUAAGGGAAGAUCAUCGUGAAAGUAGCACAAAUCCAACUACAACAAUUGUAUCCAUAGACCUAAAUGGUAAUAUCCAAGAACCAAAGGGUUUAGUUGGUGGCAAUGAUUUCUAUGCCUUCCCACGCAUGGACCAAGAAGGAAAGCGCAUGGCAUGGAUUGAAUGGAGCCACCCUAACAUGCAUUGGGACAAAGCAGAACUUUGGGUCGGCUAUAUUUCUCAGGAUGGGGGUGUUUGCAAACGCAUCUGUGUUGCUGGUGGUGAUGGUACAAUGAUAGAAUCUCCAACUGAGCCCAAAUGGUCUUCAAAAGGGGAACUAUUCUUCAUCUCAGAUAGAAAAAGUGGAUUCUGGAAUCUCUAUAAAUGGAUUGAACACACGGAUGAAGUGCUAGUAGUGUAUUCCCUGGAUGCGGAGUUCACAAGGCCACUGUGGGUUUUUGGCAUCAAUUCCUAUGAUUUUAUUCAUAGCCCUCGAGAAAACAAUUUAAUUGCAUGCAGCUACAGGAAAAAUGGGAGGUCAUUUCUUGGAAUUAUAGAUGAUGUCAAGAACUCCAUAUCCAUCCUUGACAUACCCUUCACUGACAUAAAUAAUAUUAUUUCAUGGUACCACUACUUAUACAUUGAAGGAACAUCAGCAAUUCAUCCAUUAUCAGUGGCAAAGGUGACAUUAGAUGAGAGUAAACCAAGAGCAGUUAAUUUCUCAAUUUUUUGGUCUGCUUCUCCAGACAGUACAAAAUAUAAAUCAUAUUUUAGCAUACCAGAGUUGAUAGAAUUUCCAACAGGAUUUGCGGGUCAAAGUGCCUAUGCAUAUUUUUAUCCUCCAUCCAAUCCUUGUUAUCAAGCCAGUCAAGAGGAGAAGCCUCCAUUGUUACUGAAAAGCCAUGGAGGGCCUACAGCUGAAUCACGUGGAAUAUUAGAUCUUAGUGUUCAAUAUUGGACUAGUCGAGGAUGGGCAUUUGUUGAUGUCAAUUAUGGAGGAAGCACCGGUUAUGGCAGAGAAUAUAGAGAGCGGCUUUUGGGUCGUUGGGGUAUUGUUGAUGUUGAUGACUGUUGUAGCUGCGCCAGAUUUUUGGUGGACAGUGGAAGAGUAGAUGGGGAGCGACUUUGUAUUACUGGGAGGUCAGCUGGUGGUUACACGACAUUAGCUGCUCUUGCUUUCAAAAAAGUGUUCAAGGCUGGUGCUUCCUUAUAUGGGGUGGCUGACUUGACCUCUCUGAAAGCAGAAACACAUAAAUUUGAGUUCCACUAUAUCAAUAAUCUUGUUGGGAGUGAAGGUGCUUUCAUUGAGAGAUCUCCUAUCAACUUUGUAGAUAAUUUUGCUUGCCCCGUUAUUUUGUUUCAAGGUCUGGAUGACAAGGUUGUGCCUCCAGAUCAAGCACGCAAAAUCUAUAUGGCCUUGAAGGAAAAAGGGGUACCUGUUGUUCUUGUUGAAUAUGAAGGAGAGCAACAUGGCUUUCGCAAGGUGGAAAACAUAAAGUUCACCCUGGAGCAACAAAUGGUGUUCUUUGCUCGUUUGGUGGGACAUUUCAAGGUCGCUGAUGAGAUAUCUCCUAUCAAAAUUGAUAACUUUGACUAAGCAUUGGUAUGUUGGUGACACUAGCACUCUAGCAGCAUGAAGAGGGUAAGUUUUUAGGUUAGACCAUAUUCCAAAAAUCUUUAUCUAAAAUAAUGUGUAUUCUUCUUUAUGGUCUUUUUGGUCUUGUCACCUUAUUUUAGAUUUUCAUGAGAAUUAAUCUUCAUAAUGUACAAUACUUGACCCUGCACAAUAAGGUGCCGCCAAAGGGCAUCCAGUCUGUACAACUUACUGAGAUUAUAAUCUUGGAUACAAGAAGUAUACUGUUAUUAUAAAAAGAAUUGUAAGGAA